AUUCACUCAUACACACAACAAAUUAAAAUUAAUAGUGAGUGAAAAAAAGAGAAUAUGAUGAGCACUAAGUUUAGUAUUGCAUUUCUAGUGACACUAAUUUUAGUGCACUCUGCAUUGGCCGCAAGAAAUGCACCAACUACUAUUAAUACUAAAAACACUAAUGUAGUUGACACUCACACUAAGAAAACUAGUGUAACACCAACUAAUGACAAAAAGAACUUUGUUUCCUUUGGUGGUAUUGGUGGUGCUGUUGGUGGUGUUGCUGGUGUUAUUCCUAUUGGUGGCGUUGGCGGUGUUGGAGGGUUAGGUGGACUUGGGGGUGUUGGAGGUGGUGCUGGCGGACUCGGUGGCUUAGGUGGUGUUGGAGGUGCAGGUGGUGGACUCGGUGGUUUAGGUGGUGGUGUUGGUGGUUUGGGUGGUGGUGUUGGCGGUGGAGCUGGUGGACUCGGUGGUAUAGGUGGUGGAGCUGGUGUUGGUGGUGGAGCUGGUUGUGUUGGAGGUAUCCCUUAAGAAGUUUCAUCAUUAUUAUCGUACCCAGUAUAUGAUCGUAGAAGUUUAGUUAUGUGAAAUCAUAAUUAAAGUGUUACAUUAUGGUUUAUUAUUUGAGUAAAGACUAUUGUUUUGUGAUUAUUACUCUAUAUAUCUUAACUAUUGGAGUUUUUAAUUUCUUGCAAGUGAAGUUAUGUUAUAUUUGUGAUGUAUGCAAAGAGAAUUAGGUUGUAGAUCUUUCUCUUUCAUAUGUUGUAUUUAUCAUCUUGAGUAUUAAUGGAUUGUUCCCUAGCUUUGUUUUUGUUGUUUAA